CUAACGCUAAUAUUAAUCCCAUAGUGUCCGCUAAAACACAUGUAGCCAAUUGAGGCCUAGCAUCAAUUAUAAAUAUGAUUCGAUACAAAUGUGUUAAAUUUAUUCCGUACCGUCACCUUGCUUCGUUUUGGCUUUUAGCAACUUGGUUGAGUCUGGUGCUGACCGUUGUCUUCCUACACCAGUUCUUGACGAUUGCCAAAUCAAAUAUCAUUUUAAUCAAACACCAACAAGGAGAAAAACCGUCAGCGGCUAUUCCGUCUAUAGACCUACGUGUCAUUAACAAAGAAGUCCAAUCAACUAGUAGUCGUGCUGCUGAUCGAAGAGGCCCUCACCAAAAAGUGAUUUCCUAUUCCAUCUAUGGCAAUUUUUCGCUAACGGAUGUCGUUCACAAAUAUUUGAGACCUUUUAAAGAGACCAUCAAGAUAAUUCCUCUCAUCUACCCAGGUUGGAUUGUAAGAAUUUACCACAACUUGACGAAAGACGAAACAGAAACGUGGAAAUUUCUCAAAAACACUUUGGACUUGGGCGCAGGCCACGUCGAUUUGUGCAAUGCAACAGAUAUCAUUGAGAAGCGAAAACUGGCGGAUUUGUUUGCAAUGACAUGGCGUUGGUUACCUUUGCUUGACGACAUGGUGGACACGCUUAUGUCGAGGGACUCGGACAGCAAUAUCAUACCUCGUGAAAAAGACGCCGUACGUGAAUGGCUGGACAGCAACAAAACCUUCCACAUUAUGAGGGAUCACCCGGCACAUUGCCGUUUUAUUGUUGGAUGUUGUUGGGGAGUUAAAAUCAGCCAGGAUCGUUCCUCAAUCGUAAAUGCGUCCAAAAAAAUGUUCACCGAAAAUCAUCUGCAUGAGUACGACUACGACCAAAAAUUGCUGGAUAAACUGAUUUGGCCGAUAGCCAUCACCAAUAUGGUUGUACACGAUAGCUACUGCUGUGAAAAAAUACCCUUCAGCCAUCAUCCGUUUCCGACACAGAGAAGAGACAUGCUCUUCAUUGGUAUUAGAGGGAAACCAGAAGAAGAACUUAAGUUUCCGUGUCCUCCCAAGUGUCGCCCAGCCAAUGCAACUUCUAAAUGGAGUUUUUGUUAA